AUGCCGCCGGCCGCAGUCCUCCGUGCCCGGCUCGCUGCGCGCGGGGCCCGGGGCCGGAGCGGGCCCGGCGGCGUCCCUGGCGCGGAACGGGAGGGGCGCCCAGCUCCGCGCAGCACCAGCCGCCGCUCUGGCGCUUCCUCCCGCCGGGCAGCGAGGACUUGCCGCGAGGGCGUGUCCACAGGGCCCGCCCCGCCGGCGGGGCUCGGCCCGGGGCACCUGCACCCCAGGCCGUUGGGGAGGGGAAGUGAGAACAGCGCCCCCCGCCAGCCACCGGCCGGCAGUCGGCCAGCUCCCCGCGCGGCCCCCGCUCCGCCCAUCGCUCACUCAGGUGCCUUCUUGGAAUGUGAAUGGAUGGCUGGAGAUCCAACAGCCUUCUUAGAUUUUGAGGUGACCUCGUGA